GGGGAUAUUUCAGGGAUGUUUCAGGGAUACUUUGGGGAUAUUCCGGGGAUAUUCCGGGGAUGCUUUCAGGGACAUUGUGAGCUGAUCCCCCCGUUUGUGGGCCCCCAGGACGACCAGCUGCUGGAGGACUCCAAGACUCUGGGCGACUGCGGCUUCACCAGCCAGACGGCGCGGCCGCAGGCGCCGGCCACCGUGGGGCUGGCCCUGCGCACCGGCGAGGAGUCCUUCGAGGGGCUGCGCAUCGAGCCCUUCUCGAGCCCCCCCGAGCUGCCGGACGUGAUGAAGCCGCAGGACUCGACCGGGCCGCCACCGACCCCCCCCCUGCCCUGAGCCCCCCCCGGGCUCAGUUCGGGGGAUUUUGGGGCUCUCGGGGCUGGGGGGGAGGGGAGGGAGAAAAAAAAACCCCAAUAAAAAAUCCUGGGC